AUGAAUGCCACCAAAAGGCCUCAAGAUGUUAUCACUGUCGAUGUUCGCACGGCCAGAGGUCUCAUCACCUCUGGUCACCGUUAUUUGGAUGUAAGAACCAAUGAGGAGUUCAACAAGAGCCACGUAGACAAUGCCUUGAACGUUCCUUUUAUGUUCAAGACUGAUGAAGGGCUUCGAGCAUGUAACAAACAUGGAAGGGGGUACUCUGCCUGGGUUGACAGUGGACUCUCAGGAGAUGAACCCACGGAAGAGCUCAAAACGUUUUGCAAGUUCCGCCCAUGA